AUGUCUGCACAAGGAUUUUCAAGCACCUCUGGUGCAGCUAAAAGAGUAGCUAAAAAACGUAAAGGUGAAGAAAUAGCAAAAAUAUCUGGCUCAAUGCACAAAUUCAUUGUCGUGAACAAACCUGAAAGCCAAAAUAGUACAGCCACAUCUAGAUCAGUCGAAGUCGAACUAUCGCAUGCUGAUAAUGUAAGUGAACUCGAUAAAGUACAAUUUAACACCGAAAUACCAGAGGAGGAAAGUACAGUUUCUACUGAUGACUCCACAGUCUCAUCACAGCUAAAUGAGCUAAAUGCACAUGAACAGCAAGCGAAUGAAGCUGUGACAACACAUGAUGACGUUGAAGCAAAUAUACAACAAAGUGACAAAGAUAUAUCAAUGUAUAGUGGAAGUGCUUCCAAUGGAUGCUUGAUGGACAGUGAGUGCCAGGUAAUGAAUAUUGAUACCCCAGCUGAAUAUAAUGCAAUCAUUAACAAUAAUCCACAUGAUGAAAAACUGGAUAACGCUAGUGUCGAAAAUCAUGAAAUACUGUCUCUAAGUGAAGACAUGAUAGCGUUUGCAGAUAGUAAUAAGAUUUAUACAAUAACUACAGUGAAACACGCAAUUUGAUUGGUCAACAGCCGUGCAGGAUCAGACAAUCCUGCACGGGAAAUUCUGAACAGAAAUUCUUGCACGUAAUUUUACAAAUAUACUCGCAUUGUAAAGUUUCAUUGUACGAUACCUUUCGACUUUGAAGUAAGUUUCCAAUUAUUGAGACGUUGGUUUGGUUGUAUGAAUAAAUUUCUGAUCGAUACAUUGCUAUUCAGCAAGUAGCAACGCGUAGUGUACGAACUUCCGACUUAAUUUAUGUUAAUUUAUAGGACAUUUAGUUGGCGCACGCGUAGUUGACAUUAGUUCGCGCAUGCGUGGGUAAUUGAACAUGGCGUGACUCUAAGAAAACUCUGGUUUUGUAAAUUUCUAUAAAAGAACAGUUUGUAUUCAAAUAUAGAUGUGAUAUUCAGUCAAAAUUCGUUACAUGGUCCAUCGAGUCGAAUAAUUCUAUCAAAGAAAAGAUGAGUCAACAAACAAAAGAGAAAAAAUCGAGAACAGCGCACCGAUCUUACACAAGAAAGCUCAUACACAAAGCUGGAGAAGUCUGUAACAACUAUGAUGGAACAAAACCUGGAGAGAUAAAGUUGGAGGGUUUGAAACGAGAUUUAUCGGAGAAACUUACUAUCUUAGAUAAACUGGAUAAUUCAAUAAUCGAAACUGUAGACGAGGAAAAGGAUAUCGAAGCGGAAAUAAACGAAUCAAGCGAAUUUCGAAGUUCUAUUCAUGAAGCAAUAUCGCAAAUAGAUUUAUGUUUGCAGGAACAUAAAGUCAAACAUAAUGGGGGGCAUGAUCCAAAUGGCUCUUUGAGUUCAAGUUCUGUGGUUAACAGUUCAUAUUCUGAUGGCAAGCAAAAUGUUCGCCUGCCAAAGCUGAAUUUAAAACAUUUUAAAGGAGAUCCAAUCAAAUUUCAAGCAUUCUGGGAUUCAUUUGAAACCACAAUUCAUAAUAAUGAGGAUGUAUCGGAUGUGAGUAAAAUGAGUUAUUUGGUUAGUUUACUGGAGGGACCAGCUUAUUCGGCUGUAGCUGGCCUUUCGCUUACAAGUGCAAAUUAUAAAACUGCAGUAGAUACACUGAAAGAACGAUUCGGUUGUGAAGAAGUAGUUAUAUCGGCCCACAUGGAUGCCCUACUUAAAUUGUCAGGAGCUAAUACAAAUUCAGAUACAAAGAAAUUAAGAGGAAUAUAUGAUGAAGUAGAACAACAUGUACGUGGUUUGAAAGCAGUCGGAAUUAGCAGUAAGCAGUAUGGAAAGUUACUUGUUCCUAUUUUGAUGAAUAAAAUCCCUCAAGAAUUGCAACUGAUAAUAACAAGGAAAUUGGGAAAGGAAAAGUGGGAUUUAGAUGCAUUACAGAAUGCUUUCAAGGAGGAACUGGAAGCUAGAGAGAUGUGCGAAUUUGUGACAGCUUCAAAGAAUGAUGAUAAAGGGAAAGGUGGAGGUGGUCGAAGGUAUCCAACUACGGCAGAGACAUUACUAGCUCAAGGUCAGUAUGAGAGAAAAGGGAGUGGCAUAACAUGUACGUACUGUCGCGGUAGUCAUCCUAGUGCUCAAUGUCAUGCGAUAACUGACGUGCAGGCCAGAAGAGAAGUUCUCAAGAGCAAAGGUAAAUGUUACAAUUGUUUAAGGGCAGGACACAUCAGUUAUCAAUGCCAGUCAACCACAAAAUGUUAUGUUUGUGGAUACAGGCAUCAUAUCAGUAUAUGUCCAAGGAGGGCCCAUCCAUCAAAUUUCCCAAAGAAGAAUGAUUCUUCACAGUCUCCACCAGGUCUCCCAGAUUCACCCAAAUCCAAUCCUACAGCAACUGUAUUCUCAGACACAGAGGAGGGAAUUUUUAUUGCAAACUGCCACAGCUCCUGUGUGUAA